UAGCCAUUUUCCCUCCAAUGGUCUCUUCGAUUAACAUCUCAUUCUUGAUCACCUGGGACGUCCACUAUAUAUACAACAUCAUAUAUACCCUUUUAACUAAGCAUCUAUGGAGGGUCAGAGUGAGAAUCAGAAUCAGAGAAAUGAAUCAAUUAAGUACAAAGGAGUGCGGUUGAGGAAGUGGGGAAAAUGGGUUUCUGAAGUGAGGUUGCCCAACAGCCGGGAGAGAAUAUGGUUGGGCUCAUAUGAUACGGCUGAGAAGGCCGCCAGAGCUUUUGAUGCGGCCCAGUUUUGUCUACGUGGCCCUAAUGCCAAAUUUAACUUUCCCGAGAAUCCGCCUGAUAUUUCCGGCGGACAUAAGCUUUCGCCGGCGGAGAUACAGGUUGUUGCGGCGCAGUUUGGGAAUGAAUACGUUCACCCGCAGACAACAGCACAGGAAACACCACCAUCACAUGUUCAAAAUACGCACAUGUUGAAAAUGGAGAAUGAGGAGAUGUCGCAAUCGUCAACUUGUAAUCAUGAUUUGAUGGGUCAAAUGGACAAUACUACUACUACUACUGUGGAUUGGUCCUUUCUAGAUAUGUUGGAGAAUUAUCCUAAUAAUGCUGCUGCUGGUGGUGCUCCACCACCACAUAUUUCUUCUCUUCCUCCUGCAGCACCUCCUUCACCAACUGUUGGGACUAAUAAUUUUGAUUUUGGAUAUUACCCUGGACUGGAAACUUUGUCAAGUAACCUUUACUCACCACUACAUUUUCCAACAAGAACAGCAACUGGUAAUGGAGAUGAACAUGGGUACGAGGACAGUGGCAUUAAUGGAGAUGAACAUUUUUCUCAGCAUUCCUACCUCUGGAACUUUUAAUUAAAUAUUAUAAGUCCUACUAAACUUGGUUAACCAGCAGCUAGCUAGCUCGGCCAAUUAUUAGUUGCUGAUUUUGACCCCAUGCUGAGUGAUGGGAUCAUAUGGGUUAUUAGGGUAAUGUACGUAAUGAUCUUUCCGGUUUUAUUAUCCUACCUUUUUGCCGGAAAGUAUAUACUAUGUUUCUUUGCCUUUGCUAGAAAUGAGCAGAGUGCAGACAUCACUAUCUUAGUUAAAGAAAUAAUUAUCUUUUAGCGAGCUAGCUAGGGAUAAUUUUACAUAUAAAGGAAGAAAUUCAUGUGGUAUUAGUCACCAUGUCAUUUUAAAUAAGCAAGUUUCAAUACUCGCAGGUGUCAACUGAUUACUCAUUGGUGGCCAAAGCAUAACUUCAUGGAGCACUUAUGUUGUCUCUUUUUUAUUUUUCUGUGUAGUAAAGUAUAUAUAGAUGUGGUGGGUGUUUGUAAACUGCAGACUAUGGAUUUACUUCUAUUUCUACAAAAUUACGAUAUAAUUUAGUUUCUCUUCUCGUUU